AUGGAUCGAAUCAAGAAAGCCGCUCCCGCUUCCACGAGUGUCAACUCGCAAGGAAAGGUGGCGAUGGUCGAGCAAGAAGGAGACGAGGAUUUCCGCAAGCGUCUCGCGGCGAAAGCGACUCGCAAGACCAUCCUACGGAAGAUUGCUCGCAGGCGUUCUACUUUCCGUCGCAGCCCCAAGCGGCGCUGGGAACCUGGCAAGGUUGAGCACCGCCAGGUCAAUAAACCUCAGAGGAUAACAAAGCUAGUCAUCCACAAGACACCCUUCAUUGGACUCUGCCGGUCUAUUGUCUCUGAGAUUGGUUGUCGCCUUGGCUUUGACAGUGUUGCAAUGGACGCGCUUCAAGUAGCAUGUGAAGCCUUCCUCGUCGAUUAUUUCGCCGUACUUAAUCUUACUGCGCUUCAUGCAAACCGUGUCAAAAUCAUAGCCGAUGACGCCGCAUAUUUGGUUCCAUCAAUUAAGAUGGCCUAA